AGCUGAGGAGCACUGUACAUGACUUCCACAGUCAGCUGCCUCUUCUUUCCUCUUUUCCUUUGUCCGCCAACAGCACCGCGCGCCAUGGUGCCCCACCGGUACACCCCGAGCAGCUCAGCCGCCGUUCAGAGCGAGACAGCCGCUGGAGCUGCACCGCCAGCUCCCUAUUACGGAGAACCACACAAGUUUGAUCCUUCCUUCAGAGGUCCAGUCCGCAGAAGAAGCUGCACUGAUGUCUUAUGUUGUUUGAUCUUCAUCAUUGUCAUCCUCUUAUAUGUGGCCCUGGGGAUAGUGGCCUGGUUACAUGGGGAUCCCAGGAAGGUACUCCAUCCAACAGACAGUUAUGGCCAGUUCUGUGGUCAGAAAGGAACUUCCAAUGCGAAGAAACCCAUCCUAUUCUAUUUCAACAUCUUGAAAUGUACCAACCCGGCUAUACUCAUCAACCUACAGUGCCCCACAACUCAGAUGUGUGUGUCAAAGUGCCCAGACAAGUUUGCCACCUACACUGAGAUGCAGCUGCAACACAAACUCAGCAAGAGUUACUGGGAAUAUUACAGACAGUUCUGUAAGCCUGGCUUUAAUAACCCUGACAAGCCAGUAUCUCAGGUUCUACGAGAUGAGGACUGUCCCUCCAUGAUUGUACCUAGUAGACCAUUUCUCCAGAGAUGUCUACCAGACUUCAUCACUCUGAAUGGGACUGUGACUGUAGCUAACAGAACCCGGUUUAAAGAUGCUCUGGAAAUGGCACGCAGUGUUACUGAACUCCAACAUGCUACAAAGGGUAUAACAGAACUAAUGGACACUAAGGAGCUGGGCAUGAAGAUAGUGGAAGAUUAUGCCAAGUCAUGGGCAUGGAUACUCAUAGGUCUGCUGUUGUCCUUGGGCAUUAGUCUGGUCUUCAUCCUGCUGCUGAGGUUCACAGCUGGGUUGCUGUUGUGGACUAUCAUCAUCACUGUCAUACUGCUGCUGGCAUAUGGUAUGUGGCACUGCUCCAUGGUGUUGUCCCAGAUCAGACACAGACCAGGCUCUGAUGUUGCCAUUGUAGAAGUCGGCUUGCAGACUGACCUGCAGGUCUAUCUACAACUCACACAGACAUGGAUCAUAUUAUUGGUGUCUCUGGGGGUGACAGAAGCUUCCAUCUUGUUGAUGUUGAUCUUCUUAAGGAGAAGAGUCCGAGUGGCUAUCGCCCUGCUCAGAGAGGCUAGCAAAGCCAUCGGUCACAUCAUGUCCACACUAUUCUUUCCAAUCAUCACUUUUCUCUUGUUGACUGUUUGCAUCUCCUACUGGGCGGUUACUGCCGUUUACCUAGCAUCCUCAGGGGAAGCCAUCUACAAAGUGAUGUCUCCUGAUGUGAGCUGCCCCUAUGCCAACAGUACUUGCAACCCUGAGGUCUGCAGUGGAUUCGCACUGACCUUCAACGGAACCAACAUCUCCAAAUCAGCGUUGUGUCUGGGUUCUCAGUGUCUGUUUGCCUUCUACGGCGGAGAGACAUCCUACCACCGCUACCUGUUCCUGCUGCAGCUGUCCAACCUACUGGUCUUCCUCUGGCUGGUCAACUUCAGCUUGGCCCUGGAGCAGUGCACGCUGGCUGGGACGUUUGCUAGCUACUACUGGGCCAAGAGGAAGCCUCAGGAUAUUCCACCAUGUCCACUCUUUUCAUCAUUCAGCAGGGCUAUCAGGUAUCACACAGGGUCUUUGGCAUUUGGAUCUCUAAUUCUUUCAGUUGUCCAACUGGUCCGGAUCAUACUGGAAUACCUGGAGAGGAAGCUAAAAGGUGUUGACAACAGCCUGUCCAAGUUCAUAAUGCACUGUCUGAAAUGCUGUUUCUGGUGUUUGGAGAAAUUCAUACGCUACAUGAACCGUAAUGCUUAUAUCAUGGUGGCGGUCUAUGGUAAGAACUUUUGUACCUCAGCCAGAGAAGCCUUCUUCCUGCUGAUGAGGAAUGUGGUCAGGGUUGCAGUUCUGGACAGAGUGACAGACUUUCUGUUGUUUCUGGGCAAAGUGCUUAUAGCAGGAGGAGUUGGUGUGGUUGCAUUCUUCUUCUUCACUAGGAAGAUCCCUGUUAUCCAGGAGGAGGUGCCCAAUCUCAACUACUACUGGGUCCCCCUACUGACGGUGGUGAUAGGUGCCUACCUGAUUGCUCAUGGUUUCUUCAGCGUCUAUGCCAUGUGUGUUGACACGCUCUUCCUCUGCUUCUGUGAUGACAUGGAGAGGAAUGAUGGUAGUUCAGAAAAACCUUUCCUCAUGUCCCCAGAGCUGCAUAGAAUUCUGGGAAAAUCCAGUCAUGUGCGUUGAUAUCCUGUCCUCCUAUCCACUGCAUCAGCAGCCAGUCUGGUCAGUCUUUAUCAAUCUGUGAGAGACAAACAGUCCUGGACAGACUUCACCUAGCCAAAUCCAAGCGAUGUCAAGCUCCCCACACUGAACAAAUAUGAGACUACAGAAGGACAGUGAUCUCCACACCACACGACCGUUUUGGGUCGGAUCUUUUCCCCUUGAAGUUUUUUUUAUUUCUGCAAAGCUCAACCUCAGAAUGGUUGAUCUAGUUCAGUACUACUCAACAUGUGUCGAGACACAGGAGGAUAAGUUUCUCAGCAACAGUGAUACCACGUCAGAAAUGUCUGAAACCAAUAGGAAAAUCAGAAUAGGAAGACUUUGCAAAACUUAAUUAACUCAAAAAUAAAGGAAACCUAACAGAAACAAGAUUAAAUCUACAUUAAAAUGAGGCAGCUGCUCGAGCCGGGACCAAGUUUUUUGCCGGACUACUCUUUUUUUUCUCCUGCAGCCCUCUGCAGGGGCGCCCUGCUGCACCUGCAGUAACUUACUGAAAUGAUGGAAGAAGCUUGUGUUUUUGCUGCAGUGCCAUUGUUGGUCUGACAGGGUCCUUGGAAGUAAGAAGUAAUAUUUAAGCCCUCGAAUUAAUAAGUGAGAAGAACAAUUAAGAUAUUAGUGUUAAGAUUCAGUGAACGUGUUUGGAAAAAACUCCUUUGAACUUUUAACUCUACCUUUUUAUGAGUUGUGAGUUUUGGAUGAAUGUUCAAAACUUCUUGUGUGAACCAAAAUCCGGGACACAAAUGUUGCUCCUACACCUCACGGUACAGAACUUAAGACAGUAAAGUGUGUAGCUGGAGGUUUGACGGCCCCCCAUACUGAAGACGAACGUACUCAUGGUACUGUCAUUUCAGGCCUGCUUCCAACCAAUAGAGACACAAACUAUAGUUAUAACAUUCUUCACUUUUGCUUCACAAUAUUUGAUUAUAAAGGGGGAAACUACCCAGUUAUGACUUAUUUAAUCAGUAUACAGUAUAAGAACAUCUAUACCUCUCUGCAAACCCAUGAUGUAAUCAUGAUUUUGUAAAAUUCGGGAGUAGUGCUUCCUUUUCAGAUAGUCCAGUCUUGACAUAUCAGGGGUCUUUCAUGACGUGACAGAAGAAAUUCAGCAAAUUAUGCUAAAUAGAUGGAUUUACACAGCGAAUAUUAUGUUGCCAAAUUUAAUCACAGCAGGAAUAUGAUGAAAACACUGUUCAGUUUGAGUCACAAAGGGUUAAACAUGAUUUUCUUUUUCUAUGUAAAGCCAAGGUUAAUGUUUUAAAAGUUUCAAACUAUUUGUACUCCCUGUUAAUUCUUAUGAGAUGGAUUGAUUUUGUAUUUGUUUUGUUGUGUAAAGUUAAUUGAAAUUUAAUACAAUGUCCAUUUCUUAAUAAAAAAAAUAUUAAAAUGA